AUGAAGUAUGCAUAUGAUAUACUUAAGAGGUUCAAUAUGUUAAGCUGCAAUCCUGCAUCAUCGCUAGCUGAGGUGAAUUUGAAAUUGGUGAUUAAUGAAGAUGAAGAACUAGUUGAUCCUACAUUGUUCAAGAAGAUGGUGGGAUCACUGAGGUAUUUGUGCAAUAUUAGGCGUGAUAUUGCUUAUGCACAUGGUAUAAUUAGUAGGUUCAUGAGUGAACCAAGAACUUCUCACUUGCUAGCAGCUAAAAGGGUCACGAGAUACAUUAAGGGAAUACUAGAGUAUGACAUAUUGUUUCCUAAAUGUCUGAUUGAAGAUUUCAUGGAUUUGAUAGCUUAUUUCGAUGCAGAUUGGUGUGGAAUAAGCAAGAUAGAAAGAACACCUUAUGCUACCUGUUCAAAUUUCUAA